AUGGCCGCGCCCACGGAGCCGGGUGGAGGCCCGGGCCCGGCCUCGGCCUGGGAGCAGGCCCCGGCCUUUGUUUACUCGGAGGAAGAUCUGAUCCGGGCCGGGGUCCGCUGGGGCGGCUCGGGCUCCCGCUUCGACGCGGCUCUGCUCUCGGCCUGGGAGGAGCGGCUGGCCGCCGGCUGCUUCCGUUACCGCCUGCCGCGCCGGGGCCUCCCGAGCCGCGUCCUGCCGGGGCCCCGGGGCCUGGUGGUGCAGUUGAACCCCGAGCGGGCCCGCGAGCGGCGGCCGCCGCAGGAGAUCCUCAGCCUCCGGCAGCCCUUCGACCCGCAGCGGUUCAACUUCACCCGCAUCCCGGGCCGGGAGGUGCUGUUCCGCCUCCGGAGGCGGGGUCUGGGAGAGGCCGAGGAUGAGGCCGAGGCCUUGCUGGUCAUCAACGUCAGCCCGUUAGAGUGGGGCCACGUCCUGCUGCUGCCCGAACCGUCCCGCCGCCUCCCGCAGCUCCUCACCCGGGAGUCGGUGCUCCGGGCCCUGGAGCUUCUCUUCCUGAGCUCGGAUCCCGGUUUCCGCGUCGGCUUCAACAGCCUGGGCGCCGAGGCCUCGGUCAACCACCUCCACCUUCACGGUUACUACCUGGGCCAGCGCCUGGAGCUGGAGUGGGCGGCCACCCGGCCUCUGCUGGAGUCCGGGACACAGGCCUCGGCCCACUUCCUCCCCGUCCACCUGCUGUCCCAGCACCCGGCCCGCGGCCUGGUCCUCUACACGGACGGCGGUGACGGAGGCCUGGCCCGGGCUGCCCUCACCCUCCACGCCCUGACCGGCCUCCUCGUCCGCCGUUCCCUCGCCCACAACCUCUUCCUGACCCGGGGCUGCCCGCUCGGCUCUCCGGCGCCUGGCCGAGCCUCCUCCCCGGACCGGGACGGCGCCCGGAUCGUCCUCUGGCCGCGCCGCAGCUGCUUCGGGGCCAAGGACCCGGCGGCCUUCACCGUGGCUCUGUGCGAGCUGGCCGGCCACUGGCCCCUCAAAACCCCGCAGGAGUACAGCAGCCUGACCGAGGAGCAGGCGUUGGGAAUGGUCCGCCGAUACUCGCUGCCCGAGGAGGAAUACUCCCAGCUCCUCUCGGAGAUAACACAACUCCUCCAGGGUGACCAACAAGAGCAGCGAUAGGCCAUUCAACCCUUACACCUGCUCCUAACCCCAAAGAUCCAGUUAAAGCCUCAACUCUCAUUACUCUGUUUUUGUGACAAUGACUAAGUACUGAUCAGUGAUCUUCUGUCUGAACUGGUGUUCCAGAGACUCAAUGUCCUGGGGACAUGGAUGUGAAUCGCACCGCAGCAAAUUUACCAUUUUAAAGAUUUAGGAAUAAAAAGGCUAGAUUACUAACAACCAUGCAACUAGGAGAGAGUGAGGACUGCACAUGUCAGAGAGUGAGAGUCGAAAAGUGUGAUGCCGGAAAAGCAGAGCAGGUCAGGCACCAUACCAGGAGCAAGAGAGUUGAUGUUUCAGGCGUAAGCCCUUCGACGCGCAAUCGCUUGAUUAUUCUAAAAACCCAGCUUAUUCCUUCAUGCCCUUGAGGGAGGGAGCCUCUGCCAUCUUUACCUCCCCUAGUCUGCACUUGAUCCCAGGAGAAAGUGAGGACUGCAGAUGCUGGAGAUCAGUUGCUGGAAAAGCGCAGCAGGUCAGGCAGCAUCCAAGGAGCAGGAGAUUCGACGUUUCGGGCAUGAGCCCUUCUUCAGCAAUGUACUUGAUCCCAGACCCAUGCAAUGUGCUUAACUCUUAAUUGCCUGUGGAAAAGAUGCCCACUUUCUAGUGUUACCAAUGCCUUGGCUGACCAUAAUGGAUUCCAGCAUUUCUUGAAUUCCUAAAUGCUCACUGCAAUUCCUUUGUGCCACAAAGCUAAGCUAAAUAGCAAAGCAGAUGCUGGAUGCUCACGUGUGCAUGAUAUAUGUUUAAUUUACUUGAGUUCAGGAAUUGAAUCGGCUGCUUAAAUGUUUGCCAAGACAGCAGCUCACUGUUAGAGGUUUUGAUCUGUGGGGUGACUCCUUUUGAGGAAAGACAUGCAUUUGGACAUCCAGUGAGAGUUGGCCAACUACCCUACUCUCCCACUAAUGAACAGCCUCGCGAAACAUUUGAAACCCCUGCUCGAAGUGGUCAGUGAAGCACAGCCAGAAAUUGGGAGAUGAAUUUGCAGUAUAAGUCACAAUCUUCAGAGGACAAGGAGGGGAAUUCUCUACUUGAGACCCCUCUCUGUGCAAUGCCUUUGUCACACUCAAACCCCACUUCACUAUUGAGAAACAUUUAGAUGCUUUCAGGACUUGGAAAAUUCUGAUUUUUCAUCAAGUGAUCAGCAUUGGAGUGUGGGAAACAGUGAAUGGGUAAACAUUUCCAGUAGCAUUGACAGCCACAUGUACUGACAUUUCUGAAAUGUUGAUUGAAGAUGCCAGUGGGUGAAAAAUAGUUUGGAACAUCACUGUCUCUAAGUGAAAUUAUGAUGUACAAACUGAAGACUAGGAUUUUCAUUAAUUGCUUCUGAAAACAAUGGUUAAUCAUUCUUCCUAACUUUUGGAAAACUCAGGGGAACUUUAUGUUGACUUUCUUUUAUAAAGAUGAUUGAACAAUUGCAUAGUCCAUUAAAUCAUCGAUUUCUGUUUGGUGUUUGUUACAUAAAGUUCAUGUAAUGUGGACAUACAAAGAUGGAUGAUUAGAAUAAAAAUUCCCGCACAUUCCUGUGUUCUACGUGAAGAUGUUCAAAUAUGGGCUACAUUCCACAGGUGGGGCCUUUAAACAAAGACAUUUCUAUGGACCCUUCUGCCACACUGGAACAUUUUGAAGUAUUUUACUGCCAAUUAAAUAUUUUUAAAAUGUGUGGGUAUUGUUAUAAUGUUUGAAACACAGCUGCUGAUUUGUGCACAAAGUGCCCAGAAACAACCAGAUCAUCUGUGUUUGUGAUGUUCGGGCAUUAAAUACGGUCAUGGUUCCUCGGGUCAGCUUCUCUGCUUUUGUUCUAGGAGUGGCUGCAGAUACUUACAUUUGCCUAAGAACAGACAGAGCUUUGAUUUAAACUGUAAUUAAAAAGGCCAAGGAGUAUGCACAAACUUUAAGGGAAACUGGAUAAUUACUUGAAAAAUGCUUUAUCAAAAUAUAGGGAAUAGGUUGGAUGGGUACCACCAAUUGCACUUUUAUGUAUGUUAUAUAAUUUUCAUGAAUUGGUGCCUGUACUUAUUGCAAUGUCUUAUUAAAUAUAAUUUAUAAAA